AACAUAAUCGUCGGCCAGGACCUUGCCAUGAGAUGUCGUUGCAGAACCCCAGACUUCGACAUUACAGGACAAUGACGGCGAUCUGCUUCGUGUGCAAUUUGCCGAUCCUCAGCCACCAGGUUGGCCUGGUGUGGCAAGGGGGCAACGGCUGGGACGAUCUCGUGCGGGAACAAGUGGAGGAAUCCACUUUGAGGCAACGUCUCGGAACCGGUAGGCGAGACUCUGCGACGCAGAUCACGUCGAUAUCGCCGCCCAACGAGCCGCAGGAGACCUCCACGGCGAACCAGACACGCCGACGGUCCAGCUUGACCAGGUUGACGGACAUUCUGCGAGAGUGGAGCGGCGGUGGCUCGUCCGCGAAGAGCGAACGCGGAAACAAGCUGUACCGUCGCGAGACGUUGGCCGACAUCGCCAAGUCGUUGCCAUGGUCCAGGCAGACGACCACCGAUGCCAGCCACUUGGAGAGGUUGCGCAAGAGGCGCGAGAGCUCGGUGGACAGCGGGAUCAGGAGCCAGGCGUCGACGAAGUCCAGGAAGGACUCGACCAUCAGCGAGCUGAAGAACGACAUCGCCAGGCUAUGGGGCAAGAAGGAGACACCGCAGCCUCAACCGCCUCCCACCGUCAUCUCGCCCACUUAUCGAGGCUGGAGCGAGUCGAGAGGCUCCCGGCGUGGCUCCGGCGAGAGCGGAAGGACCAAGAGCCAAAGCGAGCGGAAGCACACGUGCAGUCAUCACAGGCGCAGACAGUCGCAGCAAUCGAUGGACAGCGGCAGCGGCGUGAUGCCCAUGAAAUAUUACAGGAGCGAUCAAAGACCGAGCGCGUCCAGCACCGACAGCGCGGCCAGCAACGCUGUCAGGGAACACCUGGAGACGCGCAACUCCAUGGACAAAAGCGAGCGAUCGAGCAGCAUCGAGGGCAAGAUACCAGUGACAACGAGCACCGAGUCGAAAACGUCGACGACCACAACGACGGUCCUGUCGACGACCAGCAUGAUAACGACCACGUCGACCUCGCUGACCGCCUCGAUCGUGGAGUCGAAAGCCGAGAGCAAGAACCUGACCCUGGAAUCGUCCAUCACACCACCUACAAUCGUGAUGUCGUCGGUAACACCGCCGAGCGUGUCACCGACGGUUGGUAGCAACCUCCCACUACCCGGGACCUCGACUUCCGGUAGCUCCAGCCCGGUCAGCACGCCAACGCAUCCCAUGCUUACCACCAGACGGGACUCCACCACUCAGUGUUAUCAGAAGGGGAAAGAGCCCUCGCCGAACAAAAUGUCAAGAUUGAUACGACAAUCGGCUGCCAUUGACGAGUCGAUGCCGCCGGCGCGUCGCCGCGAAAGUCAGCCGACUUUGUCGCCGGAUACUGACGAAGGAGGUCGGAGGGCACGUAGGGACUCGUUAAGCCCGGACUCCGCCUCGUAUCCACGGCGCCGCGACUCGAGGAGCCAUCUGAGCCCGGACCGGGCCGUCGAUAAAAGGGAUAUCAGUCCUAUCAGGGAGAGAUCUCAGCUGACGCGGCAGUCAAUGUCGAUGGCCGGUCGGUCGCCGCCCAGGUCGCCGGACAGCUCAUCCUGUUCCUCGAGGGACCCGAGCCCGUGCGCUCGUGCACCAGGAGGCGUAUCGCACGCCCCGAUCGCGAGAAGACAGUCGACCACCGACGAGAUAUUCAUCGCUCGUGGAUUUCGCCGACAGAGCACCAUAGAGGAGACCAUCAAGUGCCGAAAUUUUCGUCGGCAGAGCUCACAGAGCGAGAAGCUGGUGCAACGGUACCAGGGACGAAGAGAGAGUUCCACACAAAUCACCGACGGAACGUUCGCCACGAUGUCCGUCGAGACGUCCAACACCUUUUUCGACAGCAGCACGCAGACUGAACCGUCGCCGCUGUACGACAACAACCACUACCACGAGGAAUGCCUAAAAUGUAACAGCUGCGGUCUGAAUCUCACGGGACCCAAUCAGAAACGGGCUAGACGGUUCAAGAACCAAAUACUUUGCGAUCUUCACUUCGCUGACGUGGCGCUGAUGGAGUGCUCGGACUUCAUGCAGCAGUUGCGCAGCUUCAAGCCACAAAGUUUAGGCUGCGCAGUUGCCCGAAGGAAGUCGUCGACAACCUUGAUCUUCCCCCUGCCGCCGCAAGCUUGCUCAGACGAGUUUUGCAACGAGUUCCCGCACAACCUGGUACCGACGCCUGGCUACUGGAUCGAGUGCUCGAGACAGCAGAUCACGUCCGAUACGAUCUGGGACGAGAGCGAGAGCGGCGAGGCGACCGACACCGAGCUGGCCGAGGUUCAGCAGGAGUCGGACACCGACGAACUGCCGAGGAAGAAGACCACCAUCGAGGAACAAUGGGAGAAGAACCAAGGGUUCGAGCUGACCUCCGUCGAGCAGGAGACCUACGAGAAGUACUUCUACGGUACUGAACACUGGAACUACUUCACCAACGACGAAGACCUCGGCCCGGUGAUACUGAGCAUCAAGCAGGAGACGUUGAACGGCCGGGAACAGUUCAGAAUCCUCGUCCGGGCUAUCAGUUACACCGUCCACGGCCUGAUUCCAGCGAGCUGCGUGUUCGCCGACAGGUACAAUCGCGAGGAUGUGGUACGCAGCUUAGGCAAAGAGGUGAACGUGAAUCCGCCAUUAACGUUAGGUCAAUUGCCUGACACUCAGGACGAGCUGCUGAAGCUGGAUCAGGUGUUCAUAAAAUCGGAAUUGAAAGUCGGUGUGCUGUACGUUCAAGAGGACCAACGCACCGAGGAGGAGGUGUUGGACAACCACGAGAACUCGCCGCUGUUCGACGAGUUCCUGCAGAUACUCGGCGAUAAAAUACGGCUGAAAGGUUUCGACAAGUACAAGGGCGGCUUGGACACUGCACACGACCUCACCGGUUUGUACUCGGUGUACACGAAUUGGCGGGGCAUCGAGAUCAUGUACCACGUGUCCACGUUCCUGCCUAACGAGAAACACGACGUGCAAAGGGUGCAAAAGAAACGGCACAUCGGCAACGACAUAGUGUGCGUCGUGUUCCUGGAGGCGGACAAGACCUCGUUCAACCCGGCCUGCAUGAAGUCGCAUUUCCUCUACACGUUCAUUCUGGUCCGGGUCAGCCCGAGGAUAAAGCGAAAGGUCACCAGAUACGAGGUGUCGGUCGCCACGAGGGACGAGGUCGGGGCGUACAAGCCCUACCUCUGGGAGCAGAACGUUUUCAAAAAGGGUCCCAUGUUCCGCGAGUGGUUGCUCACGAAGAUCGUCAACGGAGAACGGGCGAGUUACUCCGCGCCAAAGUUCGCGAAGAUGCAGGAGAGAACCAGGACCCAGAUGUUGGAGGACAUCGUGGCCAAUCUGGCGAAUCACGCGGAAACUGGACAGCUGCCGAAACCAUACAGACGCGGUUCGUGGAGGCCGAUUGGCCACAUGAGACCGUCCUCGCCGCUUCUGGACUCCGUCAGGGAUCAAUUCGAGGAUCACGAUCAACUUGCCAAAGACUUCACCAGAGUGUUCCUCAACGGCCAGGAGAACACCGCGUUGAACACGAAUCUGUUCGACGUCUCUUUCUUGGUACACGGGCCGCAGAAGCAGAAAGUCAGAUUCUUUGGCGUCAGAGCGAUUCUGGCAGUGAGAAGCAGAGUGUUUCAAGAGAUGUUGUACGGAAUUCAAGCGGGUUUCGGUAGUCCGCAAGUGCCGGUGGCGGAGCUACUCGCCAGGCCGGUGCCCACCUUGCUGAGCCCGCAGAAGCCGCGAAGCUCCAACUUCCUUCAAGUCCCCGACGUCGAAAGUCCAAGACCUAAAAGCGUGCCCUCGUCGCCGAUGAUGAAGCGGGCGUUCUCGAGGCUCGGCACGAUCACCGCCGGCUGGGGACGAAGCAUCAAGAAACACGGGAGCGGGAACACGCUGCAAACGGAGGACCGGAAACGGUGGGCUAGCUCGCAGGAUUGCAGCAAUAAAGAGGCGAAGGAGAAGGAAAAAGCAGCGCAACAGUUGGCGGUGCCGAGACUCAGCGUGUGCGCCGACGCGCAGAAAGUCGACAGAGCGAAGCUCGCGCAGACGGAGUUCGACAUCAUCGAGUUCGACCCGAAGACGUUCAAGAUCCUGCUCAACUACCUGCAGACGGGCUCCUGUCCACUAACCUGCAGCAACAUCCCCGGUCUGAUCUGCGCAGCGGAGCACUACGACCUGCCGGAGCUUCUGCAGGCGUGUUUCCACCACGCGAAGCAGUUCCUGCGGAUCGAGAUCGUGUGCGUGAUGCUGUGCGCGUUGGAGAACUACUGUUGGCGGUACACGUCCGCCUCGGAGCUGGUCAACAUGAUACUCGCGUUCAUCGAGACCAGGGCUUACCAGCUGUUCCAGAAUCCGGACUUCCUCACGCUGAGCGAGUCGAUGGUGCAGAUGAUCAUGGGCAGGGGGCUCGAGGUCGGCGAGAUCAAGAAGUUCGAGGCGAUGCUCGAGUGGGCGAAGAACAGGAUCAAGGACAGGAAGUCGAGCAAGGUCGACCCGAAGGUCGAGUUCAAGUGCAUCAUGGAGAGGCUCAGCAGAGACCUGAAACUGCACAGGAUAACGCCUCAGGAGCUCAUUAGGAUCGUCUUGCCAUCGAAGGCCAUCAGAAACGAGAAGAUCCUGGAGACUCUGAUGUACCAGGCGAACUCUGGAAUUUACAGGAACGUGGACAGCUACUUGGAAGCUUACCAGAAGAAAGUGCAAAAUCAGGAGAGCUUCGACUGCGGCAUGUAAGAGGAGACUGUCGACAGUGUUGUAUCAGUUGUUUCCAUGAGUUCUCCCUCUCUCUUCGGCCGUCGCCUCUAGAAAAGGAGGAAGCAACUCGUACCUGAGGAGAGUAGAACCUGGAACCUUACCUACCGCCAAGUAUGGACGAUGUUGGCGUGCAAGAAGAGAGAAUGCACGUUUCGUUCAACUAUUCGCGGGAAAUUGUUCCUCAAUUGAUGUAUAUAUCGCGCGAUGAUGAAUGACUCAAUGAUUAAGCGCCGGUCGAUCAUUUCAAACGUAGGCAGAGUCACAGAGUGACAGAUGCGCGCGUGUCGAGGGAAAUCAUUUCAAAGAAUAAUUUCCAAAAGAAAUCAUUUUUUCUAUUGAAGAUGACAUUGGGGGAGACAGAAGUAGAAAUUGGCAGGUUUGAGAAGCUUGAAAGAAACAGAUGAGAAGAUUGAUUGGGAACGGGAGAGUGGAUUGCUAGUUUCAGUCGGUAUCGAUUAGUCGCGCGUUAGCAAGAGAAAAUGCACAAAUUUCAUACUGUACAAGAACAAAACGGAAUGUAACGAUGUUGAAAGUAGAUGUCGGUCGUUAUGUUUCUUUCUGAAAAGGAAGGAAGAAAAGAACAGAUGAAAGAGAGAUUAGCGACGAAGGCUGAUUAUGAGAUGAGAGAUUUGACGGCAACGCGAUGCCAAUUAUGACAAUCUGUACCAAAAAAAAGAGAAAUAUAAAGAGA